AUGAAGCUUCAAAUGCUAUGGCUCGCUUUGGUAUUAAUCGCCAUCAAAGCUAAUGCAGCGGCGCAAGGAAAGAACACAACAAUUCCAGCACUAAUAGUUUUUGGAGAUUCGAUAAUGGAUACAGGAAACAACAAUAAUCUUCCCACUCUUCUAAAAUGUAACUUCCCUCCGUAUGGCAAAGAUUUCCCUGGAGGCUCUGCUACUGGAAGAUUUUCUGAUGGAAGAGUUCCUUCUGAUCUUAUUGCUGAAAAAUUGGGAUUGGCAAAGACUUUACCAGCAUAUAUGAAUCGUAAUUUGAAGCCUGAAGAUCUUCUUAAAGGUGUGACAUUUGCAUCUGGAGGAACGGGUUAUGAUCCAUUAACAGCACAAAUCAUGUCAGUUAUAUCGGUAUGGGAUCAACUAACAUAUUUUAAAGAAUAUAUAUCAAAGAUCAAGAAACAUUUUGGAGAGGAAAAAGCCAAAGAUAUUGUGGAAAACAGUUUCUUUCUCGUAGUGUCUAGUAGCAAUGAUCUUGCUCACACUUAUCUACCUCGAGCUCAUAGAUACGAUCAUACCUCGUAUGCCAAUUUUUUGGCUGAUGCUGCUGCCAAAUUUGUGAGGGAGUUACACAAACUUGGAGCUCGAAAAAUCGGAGUGUUUAGUGCAGUUCCUGUUGGUUGUGUUCCACUUCAAAGAACUGUAUUUGGGGAUAAAGAGUUGGAUGGUGUUAUCUUUUACAUCGAUGUUUAUGAUACUCUUUUCGACAUGAUCCAACACCCCAAAAAAUACGGUUUUGAGGUAGCUGAUAGAGGAUGUUGCGGUAAAGGAAAUCUUGAGAUAUCGUACUUGUGUAAUUCAUUGAACCCGUUUACGUGUUCAAAUUCUUCGGCUUAUAUAUUUUGGGAUAGCUACCAUCCAACUGAAAGAGCUUAUCAAGUUAUCGUUGACAAUUUACUCGACAAAUAUUUGAGCAAAAUCUAUCAAUGA